AUGGAACAACACUUCAGCAUAACAACCCUCCUCGUCCUCCUCAGCAUCAACCAAGCCCUCGCCAGAAACCUCGAAAUCACACGAAGCGACCCCGUCCCACAAUCAACCCCAACACCCUCCCAAAUCUCCGUCGGCCCUUCUCCAGAACCCCAAUCAAGCUCCCAAGUCUCCUCCGUCGACGCCGGAACCCGCGCCGGCGUAGCAAUAGGCUGUCUCUUCGGCGUCUGCCUCUUCGCAGGCCUCAUCUUCUUCAUCAUGAAACGCAGAAAACAGUGGCUGGCAGGACGAGUCAACGAUCGACGAGUGCGAGAAUUACAAAUUGCGGAUAUAAUUCGGAGUCGUACGGUGCAGUCGCAGGCUUUGGCGCAACCUUCGCCGGUGCUGGAGAAGCAGAAUUUGCAUCCGCCGCUGCCUGAGCAGUCGGGACUUGAGAUUACGAGGGUGGAGUUGGAGGGGACCAAGCUUCCUGGUUGGGAGUAUACGAGGGGGCAUGAGGUUAGGGAGGAUGGGUCGUUUUGA